GCGACAAACAAACUCGCAUUGCUGAACAAGAUUUCAUGUGCAAUUUUCGGGAAUAUCCUUCGUCAGCGACUCAUCGGACCUACUAUCAAUUCAUACUAUCCAAACGAUGGUCCAGAGAUGAAUCUUAUUGACCAAACAGAGAAGACACGCCUCGAAGAUCUUGCAGAGCGCAAGAAGCGUGGUCAAGGUCGUCGCUCCACUCUCAAGAAAAAAUAAUUUGAGCGAUAGUUGCAUAAACAAACACAUUAUAUCAACAUUGUUAAAUCAGCACUUCCGAGAACUAUGCCCAUGUAAAUUAUUAAAAAUCAUCUCUUCCAAUUCUGUUC